UGAUGCGCAACAGCAACAGGAACAAAAGUUUUCCAGGAGAGCACCCUCCUGGACUUGGAGUCGGGGAGCGGCAAAAAUCGGCAAUUUCCAUUUUGCCGACUUUUCUUUAAUGUUUUCCCACCUUUCAACUUAGACUGCCAAAAUCUAGCGACCGUAAAGCCACAAUCUUUCUUCAGAUUAAGCUCAAAAGGGGGAGAGAUGAAACUAAAGGUGGUUCUGAAUCAAGAAAAUCUUGGCGACCUGGAUUUGCCCAAAGAGGAAAUUAUGGAGAAAGAAGAAGCUGGAAGGCCUGGCAAUGAUGGGAAUUUGAUUCUUGCUACUUUACCCAUCUCUGAGGACCCUCCAGCGCCCUCUCCUGGAAAGAGGAAGAGGAAGGCUAAGGGAGUGAUGGAUGAGUUUUCGCCAUUGCUUUUCAUCAGGAAGAGGAAGAAGAUGCCACGGCCCCCUGGUUCUCAAUUCAACCAUGAAGUGGAUGAUUAUAAGGGAAAGUCUCCAGGCACUGCAAAUUCGAGGUUUCGGUCGAGCAGUCCUCUCCAAGUGAAGUCACCAACCCUGAUUUGUGCAGAGGAGGUUCAGUCAAGCCUAGGACAGGAACAUCCAACCUUCCUGAAACUGUUAGUUAGAUCGCACGUUGGUAGUUGCUUUUGGAUGGGCUUCCCUGUUCCGUUCUGUAAGAAACAUCUGUCCAGGACUGACACUACACUCGUCCUCGAGAACGAAAGUGGGGAAGAAUUUAGCGUCAAAUAUCUUGCACAGAAGACGGGACUUAGUGCAGGUUGGAGGAAGUUCGUUGCUGCUCACACGUUGUUAGAAGGAGAUGUCUUGAUUUUCCAAUUAGUCAGCACCGAAAGGCUUAAGGUGUACGUGAUAAGGGCUAAUGAUUUAACUGAGGUGGACGGUGCUCUUAGCCUCCUGAAUUUGGAAGUCCUUACGAAACAAAGUAAUGCAGUGGAAGGAGCUACUUGUAACAACAAAAGGAGGAAACACCCGAAGUCUCUUCCUUUGACUGCAGUCGAGAAGAAGCAGCAGCACGAGGAAGGCUCCACAAAGCAACUCGCGCUGUUAGAGCAACAGUCUGGUAACGAUAGCGAUGGCGUUGCUUCUGAAGUUUUAGAGGAUUCCAAGUCGUCUCAACUUGCUGUUUCGUUCGGAGACAUUAAAAGUUUCGAGGACUUCACCAUCGUGAUUAACAAUCAGUGCGUCGAUUCUGGUAUCCCCGAGCACAUUCGAAGAAAAUACUAUGAGCUCUGCAGCAGCAAGAACGCUUUCCUCCACGAAUGCCUUCUCCCGGGCCUUUGUUGCGAGCUAGUCGUUGGUGUGAUUUUCGAACUCGUGAGCAUUGCUGAUGCCAUUAGAACCUGCAAGCUCACUACCACCAUAAAGGAAUUCGAGAAGUGGGAUAAGUCCUUGAGGUCCUUCGAACUUCUGGGCAUGAAAAUUGGGUUUCUACGCACCCAUCUGCAACGGUUGCAGAGCCUCGCCUUAGGAUCUGAAGGCGCCUCGGACUCUAAGAGGUAUCGGGAGGCUAAAGCGGGUCUAUCACGCACAGAGGACGAGAUAAGAAACCUCGAGCUAAAGCUAGCUGCGCUUAAGGAAACUUCUGAGAAAUAUGGCGCUGAUGCUGAAGCUCUGAAGUUGAAAGCCGAGAGCCAUGAAGAGAAGUUCCGGGAAGAGGUCGAGGCGCCAUGGUGAAGUUCUUGACUCCAGACAGAGUUUACAGUGCAGCUUCAUAGGCUCUGCCUUGCAUGGAAAUGAGAAGAUGAAAAUAGAAUCCUUGUUUCUUAAUACAUUACAAUACAACUAUAGUGUUUUGUAGUUGAAUUGGAAAUUAAACCUAGGAACUUCAGAAAAUAGUAUUUAGGCUAUGAGCUCUCCUCUGUGUUGUUACCUUUGAAUUGAAAAUAGUAAGAAUUGAAAAACAGUGUGCUGCCAUUGCUCA